CCCACCACGCAGCGAGGCAGGAGGAAGAAGGGGCGCUGAGGGCUGCGAAGGAAACCAGGAGAAUAAGAAAACAUUUACCUGCCUGCCUGGCAAGGCCAGAGUUGGAGCCCAGGAAGCCACAGGAAACUAGCACCAUGCCAUUCUCCAGCUCAGCCAGGACUGCCGAUGAGAACUUUGACUACUUGUUCAAGGUCAUCCUCAUUGGAGAUUCCAAUGUGGGAAAGACAUGUGUGGUUCAGCACUUCAAAUCUGGGGUCUACACAGAGACGCAGCAGAACACCAUUGGGGUGGACUUCACAGUUCGCUCCCUGGAGAUCGAUGGCAAAAAAGUGAAGAUGCAGGUGUGGGACACGGCGGGGCAGGAGCGCUUCCGCACCAUCACCCAGAGCUACUACCGCAGCGCGCACGCCGCCAUCAUCGCCUACGACCUCACGCGACGGGCCACCUUCGAGUCUGUCCCGCACUGGAUUCACGAGAUCGAGAAGUACGGAGCGGCGAACCUGGUCAUCAUGCUGAUCGGAAACAAGUCGGACAUGUGGGAGAAACGCCACGUGCUGUUUGAGGACGCCUGCACGCUGGCAGAGAAGUAUGGCCUCCUGGCAGUUUUGGAGACUUCAGCCAAGGAGUCCAAGAACAUCGACGAAGUCUUUGUGCUGAUGGCCAAGGAGCUGAUCGCCCGCAACAGCUUGCACCUGUGCGGCGAGGGCACGCAGCCCGGCUUCCCCCAGGAUUCCAGCCCCAUUCUCCUGGCCCAGGCGCCCACUGAGAAGACACAUUGCUCCUGUUGACUGAUGUCUCCUGGGCGCAACACAGGCCGCUGAAGAGGCUUGACUCAUGUCCCUAGCCCUGCAGGCCUGAAUCAACAGCUCUGCAGAUUGGGAACCAAGGGGACACCACCAGUAAAACCAGG